GCCGUAUCUGGUGUAACAACAAGAACUUGCAUUUAAAAGGGCUCUUAUUAUUAUUUGCAUAACAUCUCAGAACAAUUCCCAAAGACGCUGAACAAAUGAAGGAAAGAUGGGGAGGUGAUCAUAGGUUUGGUCAAAGAGGUAGGAUGUUAGGCAGGAUUUGAAGACAGAUAGAGAGGGGCUAGAUAGAAGGGUAGAGUGAGGGAGUUCUGGAGCUACAAAUCAUUUACAAACCUCAGUGGUAUCAAUCCACAUUUACUAACAUUAUGACAUACAUUACAGAAUAAUUUCUAAGAAUGGAGGAGCUUUCUCUCUCGAUUCUUUUGUUGUCUGUACAGGGGAAGGCAUUGAACACUUUUGGAAAGUUCUUCAUGAGGGAAGAAACUGCGUUGUGGAUAUCCCACCAGAUCGUUUUGAUACACAAUUCUGGCAUGAUCCCGAUGACAACAAGCCUGGAAAAAUGCGCACAAAGCGAGCGUCUCUCAUUGAAGGGUUCAAUUUAUUUGAUUAUAAGUUGUUUGGCAUAAAUGAAACAGAAGCCAACUGCAUGGAUCCACAACACAAGCUUCUCUUGGAGUGCACGUACAAAGCGCUUGAAAAUGCAGGGAUGCCCAAGGAGGAUCUCAGUGGGAGUAAAACAGGGUUUUUUAUUGGGCUCAUGAAUCGAGACUUUGAAGCGAUAAUGAAUAAUUCAGCCAACAGAAUCAGCCAUUAUAAUGGCACUGGUACAGCAAUGAGCAUAGCUGUAAAUAGGAUUUUGUUCACCUUCAACUUUACUGGACCAUCACUGGCUAUAGACACAGCGUGCUCUUCAUCUCUGGACGCUCUACACUACGCUUCUCAGGCCAUCAAACAAGGUGACUGUGAGAUGGCUGUUUGUGGAGGAGUGAGCUGCAUCAUUGAACCACGUGUCAAUGUAAUGCUUAUCUCAGGCAGUAUCAAACUCUUCCUAGCACCGGUUACAGGACUAGAGGAGUCCUUGCAGCCUUUGGCACAGGCCAAGGAAGAACGAAAGGUGUCAGACCUAGACACCUGGCCAAGCCGGAUCUGCCACAGACUCAGUGAUGUAACUGUAUCUGCAGCCUUGUGUGCAGGGCUGGGAAGAACAAAUGAAGUCUGGGGUCUACACACAUGGGCAAGCCGGAGCCGCCACGGACACUGUGAUAGACCGUUAACCUGCACAACCUUCUUCCAAGUGCGUAGAUUCAGUGCUAUAAGUUGUGAUGGAGAUGGGAGGGAAACUGCAGGUGCGUUGUCAAUGGUGGUAAUUUGGAUGAAUUGGAGCUCAGGGAGAUAAUUCAGGAGUAUGUUAGAAAAGUCAAGGUGAGAGGUAACCAAGAUAUGGUUUGGUGGUAUUUGCUGUGAGAUAGGGGGAGUGGGGUUGGAGAGCAAUGUGGCUGAGAUGAAGAGAAGCAGUCUCCCUACCCCCAUCCCAUCAGUCCUCGCCAGUCUUCACCUGCUCCUAAUCACAGAAAGGAUUGGCCAAGAUCCUCACAUUCGUCUAGAAAUCCCUUCAUACCCUGGCAACUCCCUGUCUGUCCGACAUGCUU